UUCAUUUGACAAAGUUAAAGGUAAAAAUACCAAGUUCUCUUUCCCUUCAAUUUCCUACCAAAAGUAUCCUGUUUUCUAACAAAUCCAGUUCAAGAUUUUGUCAUUUUCAUUCUUUCUUGAGCAUUAGUGAAUUUGGGUUUCUCGUAAAUGUAGAGAAAUGUGAGUCUAUUUCUUGUACACCUCAAUAUAUAUGAGCUGGCUUUGUCCUUGUGCCACCAGCAAGAAGUAGUACCAUAUGCUUUUCUUUCAAGUGAUGAAAAUGAUAUUACUGUCUGAUUCUUGAAAAAAGGUAUGAGCAAAAUAUUGUCUUUUUAGUAUGCGUACAAGUGCCAAUAAUGCCUUGGGAAAAAUAUGUUCUUUUGAACCACCAUAUUCAUUUAUCCCAUAAAGAAUCCUCUACACCACCGCCAUCAUCAUCAACUGGAAAUAAAAUUAGUCCAGCUGUUCUUGUUAUCAUAGUAAUAUUAGCUAUCAUAUUCUUUAUUUCUGGUGUCUUGCAUUUGUUAGUUAGGUAUUUGAUGAAAAAUAGGUCCACUUCAUCAAUCUCUCAAACUAAUAGAGACCCUCAAAGGCAAUUACAACAGCUUUUUAAUCUUCAUGAUUCAGGUUUAGAUCAAACCUUAAUUGAUUCUCUUCCAGUGUUUCUCUACAAAGAUUUAGUUGGUUUAAAAGAGCCAUUUGAUUGUGCUGUUUGUUUAUGUGAGUUUUCAGAAAAAGAUAAAUUAAGGUUGCUCCCUUUAUGUACUCAUGCUUUUCAUAUAAGUUGUAUAGAUACAUGGUUGUUGUCAAAUUCAACUUGUCCACUUUGUAGAGAUAUCCUUUUUACACCUGGUUUUUGUACUGAAAAUCCAAUCUUUUGCUUUGAUGGUGAUGAUGAAUGUGGUGGGGUUUCAGAACAUGUUAGUCCAAAACCAAAUGAGGAUUUAGAUAGGACUAUUAGUUCAAGAAGGGUGUUUUCAGUGAGACUUGGCAAAUUCAAGAACAUAAACAAUGGUGUUCUUGAAAUUGGGAAAAGGGAGAUGGGAGAGACUAGUAACAGGAAUUUGGAUUCAAGAAGGUGUUUUUCAAUGGGGUCUUGUCAAUAUGUGGAGGCUGAUUCAGAAUUGCAAGUGGCUUUGUGUCCUAAUAGUGCUAAAGAUCAUGGUGUAGAUGGUGGUCAAUUGAGGGGAAUUGUGAAAGGGAAAAGUGGACAUAUUGGAAAUUCUGCGAAUGAUGGGGACAAUUAUGGGAAAAGGUUGAACAUUGGAAAUAAAAGGGAGAGUUUUUCUGUUUCCAAGAUUUGGAUGUGGUCCAAGAAGGAUAAAUUUCAUAAUUCUGAAGAUGUAAGUUUACCAUGGACUGAUCAUAGAGCUCAACAUGUUUGAAGAUAGUAUACAAAUCUUUUGUUUUUUCUUUUACUUUCUUCAAUUGCCUUGUAGUUUGGUUAAUGAAAAUUCAUUUGAUUAUUCAGUUGCUAAAGUUGUUCUGGA